GGUAGGAGAAAGGCCGUGAGGGCGCUCGGCGAUGAGGGCAGGAAGGGCACCUGGGGCGACGAGACGGGCCUAAACGCCAUGGGCCGCCUCUACAACAAGAUUGUCAACUUUUCCGCCAUCACCCGCUACCUGGUCUACGUCGCCCCUGUCGCACUGUUGUUGGCUGUGCCGCUCAUUGUCAUCCCCAUCACUGGUCACAUCAACGACCUCCACGUCGGCGGCUCUGGCCAGGGCGCUCCCAAGCUAUUCUAUCUUUUCCUCUGGAUCGAGGUCUCGUGGCUGUCCCUGUGGGGCGGCAAGAUCGUCGCACGCCUGCUCCCGGCCGUCUUUAUGUUUUUCUGCGGCGUCGUCUCCUCGGGCACUCGCAAGUACGCCACUGUCAUCCGGAAUCUCGAGAUGCCCAUCUCGCUGCUGCUGUGGGCUCUGGCCUCGUGGCUCCUCUUCAAGUACAAGUUCCAAGACGACACGUACCAGUGGGUCUACGUCAUCGUGCGCAUCCUGGGCUCGCUCUGGGUGUCGUCGUGCGUCCUCCUGGGCGAGAAGUUCAUCAUCCAGCUCAUCAGCAUCUCGUACCACCAGCGCUCCUUUGCCAACCGCAUCCGGGAAUCCAAGCGCGAGAUCUUCCUGCUGGGCCUCAUGUUCGACGCCUCCAGGACCCUGUUUCCCAUGUACUGCGAGGAGUUUGCCGAAGAGGACUAUGUCAUCAACGAUAGCAUCGAGGCCAUGCUCGUCGGCAACAAGAAGCGCCGCCGCAGAGGCCACAAGAAGUCGGGCUCUGUCACCCCCAUCAACCCCAUGAACCUGGUUGCCGGCGCGGGCCGCGUCGGCGGCAAGAUCACCUCCGUCUUUGGCAACAUCGCCUCCGAGAUCACUGGCAAGCAGGUCUUCAACCCCAACUCUGCCCAUUCUGUUGUGAUUGAGGCCCUCGAGAAGGUCAGGAGCUCCGAGGCCCUGGCCCGCCGCAUCUGGAUGUCCUUUGUUGUCGAGGGCAAGGACGCUCUCUAUGUCGAGGACGUGGUCGAGGUGCUGGGGCCUGGCCACCGCGAGGAAGCUGAGGAGUGUUUCGAGGCCGUCGACGCCGACGAGAACGGCGACAUCAGCCUGGACGAGAUGGUCCGCAAGGUUGUGGAGAUUGGCAAGGAGAGGAAGGCCAUUACCAACAGCAUGAAGGAUAUCGGCCAGGCCUUGAGCGUUCUGGACUCGAUCCUCUUGUUCAUCGUCCUGAUGAUCGUUGUCAUCAUCUUCCUCUCCUUCUUCCAGAGCAGCUUCGUGAGCACGCUCUCCAGUGCCGGAACAGCCCUGAUCUCGCUGUCCUUUGCUAUCUCCACCACCUGCCAGGAGUUCCUCGGCUCCAUCAUCUUCCUCUUUGUCAAGCAUCCAUAUGACGUGGGCGACCGUGUCAACAUCAACGGUGAAAGCCUCAUCGUGGAGAAGAUCUCGCUCCUCUACACGAUCUUUACCGACCUCAAGUCGAUGCAGGUGACACAGACCCCCAACAUCAUCCUCAACAACCUCCCGAUCGACAACCUCUCGCGGUCCAAGGCCAUGAAGGAGGCCAUUGAGGUCAACAUCUCGUUCGACACCUCGUUCGAGGACGUGGAGCUCCUCCGCCUCGAGAUGGAGAAGUUCGUUCGUCACGCCGACAACAGCCGCGACUUCCAGCAGGACCUGGUCAUCGGCAUCGGCGCCGUCAACGACCUGGACAAGCUUACCCUCAGCAUUGCCAUCAAGCACAAGUCUAAUUGGCACAACGAGUCCGUCCGCGCCACCCGCCGCUCCAAGUUCAUGUGCGCCCUCGCCCUCGCCCUCAAGAAGGUGCCGAUCUACGGCCCCGGCGGUGGUGGUGCUACGCUGGGUAGCUCUGACAACCCUGCAUACUCUGUUACUGUGGACGACGGCUUCGCCAGCGACGCUCGUGAGAAAUUUGCCCUGACGGCGGACUCUGCGAGGAUGGUACCCCUCAUGAAACACUCGACCUCCACUAACGUGACUGACAGAGACCGCGGCAACGGCAACAGCGGCAACAGCAACCGUGGCUCGCCGACUCUCAACUCGCGCGACGCCUCCGCCGAGCGUCAGCGUGACGCGAACAUCGAGGAGAUCCGCCAGGACCUCCAACAGGACCUGCAGCGUAACUCGACUACCGGCCGCAGGAAGGCUGGCGAGACCUUGCCCACCGCACCGCUG